UACGCGCACGUAAACGAGUGGGAUGUUAAUCAACGCGAGAGUGCUCAUAGUCGUCGCGCUAAUGAGCUGCGACGUGUACGCUCGCACGGCCGAAGAUCGAGACCCUUACAAGACGGUUGAAGACAGGAAAUACUCCGGCUCCAUGUUGGCUGAGAUCGCGAAAGAACUCGUGCAGAGAUCGGCGACCAGUAGCCAGGUACUAAAUUUAAAUCUCUCAAACCUGCUGCUACUUCUGGUGCUCAAAGCAGUCGUUUUCGGUGCCGGUUAUUUAGGAAACCACGGAUACAAGGGACGCGAAUUAGAAGAUGACAAUGUCAUGUCGGAAGGCGAACUCACGCUGGCUCUUGGAUACUUAAUUGGCGACACAUGUCUGUACAGAGCAGCUUGUGAGGAACCUCACGUUGCAAGAGAAUAUCUCGGCGCGGCGGAAAUGCUCUUGCAAACGAUGAAAUUGAUGCCACAAAGCUUACCCACAGAACACAGCUAUGAGACGACAAUGGCCGAAUUCCGGAAGGCAAUCGAAUACGGCAGUACCGAACGAUGUCCGCCAGAGUAUACCUGCAAAAAGGAAGGAAUAAAUAAUUUUCUGCGAAGCGAGAAAAGAUAACAUAAAUGCUAAUGUGUCUAUUAAAUAUACCACAUUUAUCUCUGUUUUUCUCUUUUAUCUUUUAUUUUUUUAGAUAAAAGUAUAAAAAUCAAACCACAAUUGUACACAUAUAUCUUAGAAAAAAAUAGUAGUUUAUGGUUAUCAAUAAUAUAGCGCCAUAAUCGAAAUGGUUAUCUCUCGAAUGCGGCUAACUUAGCUUUGUAAGCGAAUUGAUGAUCCAAAAGAAAAUAAAAGUGAUACUAUUAUAAUUAAGAAAAUAAUAAAAAUUAUCCUUUGAAUUUGU